UAUAAUGCGAUAUUCUGCAUAUAUUAACGUAUUAUAUAUAUUUUUUCUCUGAUUCCUACAUGCCAUAUCAGUUUAUGAUAAAGAUUACUUAUCUAUAUUUGAAAAAAUUGGCGUUUGAACUGAAGGACGAGGUAAGUCAGCAACAAACUGAGUGGGAUUUUUACCAUCAACGUUUAUAAACAGACAAUUGUUCGUAGAACGCUAGCAGCAUACAGUAGUGCAUACAGUUGGUUCCAUCAACACCUUUGCAGACGGAAACUGUUCGUUUGUUCCGCACGAGCCUUAAAUCAAACGCAAUUGGAUCAUUGCGAUACUUUAUCAUGAAUGAUUAUUAAUGCGAUUUGACCUGCGGGUACGAAUCGCAUUGGUGUCGUAAAACGCGCGUCGCUUUAUAAUCCUCAACCGGUAUCGCAUGUUUCUCGCAAGACGUAUAUCGAAAACUCAGAACGUACCAAACUAAAUUGACAUUUGACAUAUUUAGUGUAUACAAACUGGCAUAAUAGCUUUAACACGCAAUAUAAUUAGAUUGCUAGUAAUUUCUAACUGUAGAUAUUCCUUUUUGGACAUUAAAAUUAUUACAGUGACAAAUACUACUUUAAUACAUCGUUUCUGUGCUUUUGAAUAAUCAAUAAUGUGUACUAUAUUAGAAUGUGUAUAUAUUAGAAAAUUCUAAUAAUCCAGUUGCAUUAAUAAUCGAGUUACAUGUUAAAGUUAUUGUGUCGAUCUGUCAAAACUGGAUGACAAAAUGGUUUGAACAUAUUUUAUUUUCGAUUCCGUUUUGAAUACAGCCAAUGGUUCAAUAAGAGAAUUUAAGUUCUAGAAUUGAUAAAAAAAGUUUUCUCAUUGAAUCAUCGACUACGUUUUAAGCUAUAUCGAGAAAAAAUGUCCAAGUCGUUUUGAAACCAAGUGUAUAGCAGCUUGUAACGAUAAGCCGACUUACUUUGCUACUUUAUUUUUAUGAAAUUUAUUAUUUUAAUUCAAAAUUUGUGUAUCGGCACAUCCAUUGAUCUCUAACCAUACUGGAUAGUGCAUGUCUUUGUUUUCGAGCGGUCAGAAAAAGAUAGUUGAGCGGGGACGGUGUACCCUUGUCUAACCAACUCGAGGUACCACGCGACUCAAUGCACAACCCACUCUGAAAACUUUAACUUCCACACACAUUUCCCAUAUAUCGAAAUAGUAUAUUUAUAUAUAAUAUAUAUAAAAAAGAAUAAAUGACACGAUUCUUUUAGAUAACGUACACAAUAGCAGCGACAGAAGUUUUAUCUUAUCGAGUGGUACCGGUCAGUUCGUCGCUCACAUUUCGGAACUGAUGUUUUUAGUCACGGUGGUUUACGCUUGAAAGAAGCAACCACGUCCCAAUUCGACUAUCUCUCUCUGACCGUUUGGUACCGUGGAGGAGGUAGGUAGUGAGCCUUCCAAUAUGGUUAUAGUUCAAUGAACACGCCAUACGCCAACAGAGGUUAUCGUUCUGACGAUGGUGUCGUCUUUUAAUUUUAUUCUAUUCUACUACUAUGUUGAUACGUUGAUAAAUGCUUAUUCGAUCUCAUCGUUUCACUGUUGUGUGCGAUUCGUCGUUGUCGUAUCGGGUUACCGCUUCGCGGAAUUUUGUUACCUAAGCCUAAGUUAAUUCACGGUACGAAGGACAGUAGUCACCAUCGUGGGGGAAAUCGUCACCUCUGUUUCACUUUACUGUUGUCGUCGUCGACGUCGUCAUCUUCAUCGUUUAAAGUCAUUAAACGCAUGCGCGCGAUCGCGUUUCCUGACGUCGUCGUUGGCAAUUACAUCGUUAAAUGAUACGCCAGAAUAUAUAUCAGUCGUGAUCGUUUUUAAAUGAGCUAGGAUUAUGAGGCUGUGUCACGCUACAACGGAUAACAAGUGGAGGAGUCGCAAUGUGAAGUACGACGCAAUUUCCACUUUAUAACUGCAACUUCGAUGAAUCUUAUGUCAACGAAACUGAGAAUGCGUAUGCGUCAUCUUCGACUGAUGCAAUUUAAAUGCGAGUAUCCAACCAUCUUAUUGAUAGUAGAGCUACCGUGGGACAUGAUCCGCAGACGAGCAAUGGUGGUCAGUCACAACUAUUGCAGCAACAACAACAGCAACAAUUGCACUCCGGAAGCACUUGGUUGGGGAAUAAUGCCGGCGAUAUCGGGAGCGGACUGGUCUGUCGAUCAUCGACGGGCAGAUCGAUCAACAAUGGCAACGGUUGGGAGAGUGGUAAACUGGCGACGUUACGUCAUCCUCAACAACAACAGCAGCAACAGCAACAAAGCCAAUCUGGGAGUGUGGGGGAUGACGAAGACGGGGGUGGAGGGAGCGGAGGGGUGGAGGGGACGGACGCAGAGGAGAACAACGCUGUUCACCUCAAGAGACGGGUGGGACUCGUCAGUGGGGUGGCUCUAAUCGUCGGUACAAUGAUCGGCUCCGGGAUUUUCGUCUCGCCGUCGGGUCUGCUGCUGCGCACUGGCAGCGUCGGCGUGAGUUUCCUGGUGUGGACCGCGUGUGGUCUACUGAGUCUGUGCGGCGCCCUUGCGUACGCCGAGUUAGGCACUAUGAACACGAGCAGCGGUGCCGAAUAUGCUUACUUCAUGGACGCGUUCGGCGCGCCGCCGGCUUUCCUAUUUUCCUGGGUAUCUACCUUAGUGCUGAAGCCAUCGCAGAUGGCCAUUAUUUGUCUGUCAUUCGCUCAGUAUGCCGUCGAGGCGUUUGCUGCCGAUUGCAAUCCUCCCGAUGAGGUCGUCAAGCUCGUCGCUUUACUGGCGAUCGUUCUGAUACUCCUUGUCAAUUGCUAUAGCGUGAACCUGGCAACCGGCGUGCAGAAUGCCUUCACUGCUGCCAAACUGAUGGCGAUACUCGUCGUAAUAGUUGGGGGUUCAUACAAAUUGAUACAGGGUAAUACUCAGCAUCUACAGACGGCAUUUGAUACCAUCGACGGCAGCACAAUCAAUAUUGGCCGCCUUGCCACUGCUUUCUACACCGGCCUUUGGGCCUACGAUGGCUGGAAUAAUCUCAACUACGUGACCGAGGAGAUCAAGAAUCCUUCUAAAAACUUGCCCAGGUCUAUCAUGAUUGGUAUACCCCUUGUCACGCUUUGCUACGCGCUCAUCAAUGUCUCCUAUUUGGCUGUUAUGUCACCCUCCGAAAUGAUCGAGAGCGAGGCUGUGGCGGUGACGUUCGGCAAUCGAAUACUGGGUGUCAUGGCGUGGCUGAUGCCACUCUCCGUGGCAAUCAGCACGUUUGGAUCUGCCAACGGCACUUUGUUCGCCGCGGGUAGGCUUUGCUUUGCUGCGUCACGAGAAGGACACUUGCUCGAUUGCUUGAGCUAUGUGCACGUGCGACGUUUCACUCCUGCCCCAGGCCUCAUCUUCCAUUCCCUCGUAGCAGGCGCGAUGGUUCUUUCCGGUAACAUUGACUCGCUGAUCGAUUUCUUCUCGUUCACCGCUUGGAUAUUCUACGGCGGCGCAAUGCUAGCUUUGUUGGUAAUGCGGAAGACCAGGCCCAAUCAUCCGCGACCUUAUAAAUGCCCAUUAUUAAUACCGGUGCUGGUGCUCGGCAUUUCCGCGUAUUUGAUAGUGGCGCCGAUCAUCGACAAACCGCAGAUCGAGUACCUGUAUGCGGCCGGCUUUAUCGGUGCGGGCAUGCUUGUCUACCUCCCAUUUGUCAAGUUUGGAUACGUGCCCAAAUUCAUGGAAGGUGUCAACGCCUUUCUCCAAAUGUUACUAGAAGUGGCUCCGACGGCGGUUGCCUUCGACUGAUUUCACUUUGAGAGAUCAACGACAGUUCUCCAGAAUGCCGAAUCAUUCCAUUGUGGCAUUGCGAACUGCGUACAUGAAUAACCUAUUUUAAAUAUGUAUACAGACAAGAGCAUAUAUGUAUAUCCUAUUGCAGAGCUCAAGGCUGGCCCCUAUCCUUAAAAUUAAAGAAGAAAGGAGAAUUCAUGAAAAAAUAUAUGAAAAUAUUAUUUUAUUACUUGUUAUUCUUCGUACAUAGUAUACAACACACAGAAGAGAUGUUACUAUUAGACAUAGAUAGUUGAUGUUGUAAUGAAAUACAGCAAUGGAUCGACAGAAAAUAUUUUAAAUGUUUACAGUUACAAA